AUGGUCAAGUCCAAGGCUGCUAAGCGUAAGCGCAAUGCGCAAACUGACCUUCCUCAGAAAGUCGCAAAGGCAACCCUAACGCCACCUCCCGAUGGCACGAAUAUCGAUCCCAAGAACCUUCAGACGGUCGUUUCGGACGAAGAGCUUGAUAUCACAAUUGAGACGCUUGCUACCCUUGCGCAAUUUCCCAAUUUGACAAAGUCGAAAGCAUGCAAAGAUCUCCGAGUAGCAGUUUAUAACUUCCGCCAGGCCUGCACCACCGGCGUCAAUACCGCCGAGGGCGCAAACUUGACAGCACGAAUUACCGCUGCUCUAGUCGACGAGAAAUACACCGAUGCCAGAGUCCUACUCGCUGAGAUGAGGAUCAGAGGCGAACAGCCCAAGAUCGGAGCAUUGUGUCGCUGGGUGCGAGAUCUUGACGUCGUCAGCGGUCUCUCGACCCAUCCCGAGGCACUUGACCGCGUCCCUCUCAAGCGCAGCGCCAAAGAGCUAGAACUACUAGCUCUUCUCGACGCUGUCCUUCGUGUCAGCACUCCCAUCGACACUAACCCGAACGCCGUCGAUUCAGUCUCUCCAAUCGCCUUCCAAUCUAUCUGGGACCUCCGCCCCUCAACAGCGCCGCUCCCAAUCUACGAGUCGGUCCUAAACAAAUCAAUAUUGGCCGAAGCACCCAAGUCCCCCUCUGCCCUCCGAAUAAUUGAAACAACCCCCGGUCCCCUUCGCAAACCCCCGAACCACCACCCCGCCAUCCUCUACACCACCGCCCCGAACGCCGUUCCUCUCGCCACCGUCGGCCCAACAAUAACAUACCACCCCCACCCAGCCGUCCCAGCCCUCGGACUCGCAAUGAACGUCCUCUCCCCAUCAGAGUGCAAGGCGAUUAUAGCAGCAGGUGAAUCUAUAAAUUUCAUCCCGGACGCACCCCUCCGCGAAGACGGAGACAUGAGCAUCCUCGCCCACAACUUCUACUGGAUCGUCGACACCACGUUCCACGAUAUGCUCUGGUCGCGAGUUUCCGCCUAUGUCCCACCCUCCAUCAACGGCCGCCUGGCACGAGGUAUCAACCGCCGAUUCCGCGUGUAUAGAUACGUGCCCGGUGCCGAAUACCGGUGCCACAUAGACGGAGCAUGGCCGCCAUCGGGUAUUCUCCCCGAUGACACAUACGUCUACGACUCUUCACCUGAAGGGAAAAAGCAGAGCUCCAUGUAUACAUUCUUGUUAUAUCUCAAUGAUGAGUUUGAGGGUGGAGAGACUACUUUCUUCAUGCCUGCUGCGCGCGAGGGAACCCUCAAUGCGUACCCGGUGCGGCCUGUCAUGGGAAGUGUUGCGAUAUUCCCCCAUGGCGAGUCUAAUGGCGCAUUGUUGCAUGAAGGGACGGGAGUGAGAAAGGGCGCUAAAUAUAUUAUAAGGACUGAUGUGGAGUAUGAUGUUCAAGUCGAAGAGUGA